AUGCUGCUUUUGUCUGUCUAUCUAUCUAUCUUUGUUUAUAUCUAUCUGUCUAUAUAUCUAUGUAUGGAUGUAUGGAUGUCCGUAUGUAUCUAUCUAUCCAUCACAUUCUAUUCAAAUCUACCUAUUUAUAUAUUUCGUCUCUUCCUAUCUAUCUAUCUAUCUAUCUUUAUCUAUCUAUCUUCUGUGUAUAUCUAUCCAAUUCUAUUCAUAUCUAUGCAUCUACCUUGUAUUUUGAUAUCUAUCUAUCUAUCUAUCUAUCUUAUUUUCAUUAUCUAUUCUUAUCUAUUCAUAUCUAUCUAUCUAUCUAUCUAUCUAUCUAUCUAUCUAUCUAUCUAUCUAUCUUAUUGUUAUUUAUAUAUAUGUAGAUCUAUUUAUCUAGGUCCUCAGUUCAUUAUCUAUCUAUCUAUCUAUCUAUCAUUUUUUAUAACUAUCUUUUUCGCAUUAUAUCUAUCUAUCUAUCUAUCUAUCUAUCUAUCUAUCUAUCUAUCUAUCUAUCUAUCUAUCCCACACGCUAUUUGUCUGUUGCUAUCUAUCUAUCUAUCUAUCUAUCUAUCUAUCUAUCUAUCUAUCUAUCUGUCUGUCUGUCGUAGUCUGCCCAUAUCUAUUAGUAUGUUCCUAUCUACCUUUCUAUCUAACCCAAAUUUUUCUUACUCAGUAUGUAUAAUCUAUCUAUCUAUGUUAUAUAUAUAUUUGUUUGUCAUUGUUAUUCAUAUUAUCCAUUUGUUUUUUUAUUUUGUUACUAUCUAUCUAAAUUCUAUAUAUCUAUCAUCAAUCUUGAUCUUACCUUUUAUAAUAUCUAUCUAUCAUAUCUAUCUAUCUAUCUUUCAUAUGAAUGUUAUUUUAUUUAUUCCUGUUCAUGCGAAUAGUCUUUUCAUAUUGCAUUUUUUUCAUCUAUCUAUAUAA